AUGCUCUUUUGUCCGACCUGUUCGAAUCUCCUCGUUGUUUCCGGUGAUACUGGUUAUAACAAAUGGGCUUGCAAUACUUGUUCGUACGAGUUCCCUAUCACAAAACAAAUGACUUCGCGAACAAAAUUAGUCCGUAAGGCGGUCGACGAUGUUCUAGGUGGGGAGGAGGCUUGGAAACAUGCGGACGCAACAAUGGCUUCAUGUCCGAAGUGCAACCACGAUAAAGCAUAUUUCUAUCAACUCCAAAUUCGCUCCGCCGACGAGCCUAUGACGACUUGUGUGUUCUUCGUUGCUUACUUUUCUAUUCUGGAGAUAGUCCAACAGUCUAUCGCUGCACACAGUGCGCACACCAGUGGCGAGAGAAUUAGUGAACGUGAUAUACUGUCCUUGUCGUUGUUACACUGUAGUAACUAA